UGUCAUGUGUUGUCGCGCUCUACUCAACGUUUCCUUAAGUGAAGGCUACAUUGUGUUUUUUUCAUAUUCACGUCGCGCCAGCGUUGGGGUGUUGGUGGGUGGUAGGCUGAGUCUGCUCUGAAGGCUGCUGUUUUACAUAUUCAGUGUGUGCUGAAGUGAGCGGCACGUGCCAACCCUAUCCGUCAGGCAGAUCACUGAAUCCGAACUCCCGCUAACAGUCGACGUGGGAAUGUACCUUUAUGAAUGAUCAGCCUACAUUACGCGGCGUAUACCUGGACAACGGUAUUCCAUAGACUACAUCCGUGGAAUUCAACCGUUUGGGUGAACCGACAAGAAAUAAAGCCUGCUGAUUGGAUUACAAAGUAGCCCAAUUUCUUUGUUCUUCAGCCACCGUCAUGGAGGAUUUUUUCUAGCCUUACUGGAUCUGGAUCUGGCAAACCCACAUUCACCGCGUGCAUUAUCCCAGCCAGGUGUCUGCACCCUCAAGAGGAAUCCACAUCAGCUGCCUGGAGCUUGUCUGGUCUCCCUUAGCAAUGCAACCGUGUGAGAACUAUGACCAACCAGUGGCAUUCUUCUACAAUUACAGUGGAAAGUACAUCACCUCAGACUGGUCCACAAGAGACUAUGUGGUGCUCGGCGUUGGCCUCACGGUUUGUGCCAUUGUCAUACUGUCCAACAUAUUGGUCAUCACGGCCAUCAUCAUCAACCGUAAUUUCCACUAUCCCAUCUACUACCUGCUGGGCAACAUGGCGGCCGCGGACCUGUUUGCCGGGGCGUCCUAUGUCAACCUCCUCUUCCACACGGGGCCCUACACCAUCGGUCUCACCAAGCACCAGUGGUUCGUCCGCGGGGCCCUGGUGGACAUGAGCCUGAUCGCCUCGGUGGCCAACCUCCUGGCGGUGGCCGUGGAGCGGCACCAGACCAUCUUCACCAUGCAGCUGCACAGCACCAUGUCCAACCGGCGCGUGGUGCUGCUGAUCCUGGGCAUCUGGGCGGUGGCCGUCUUCAUGGGCCUGGUGCCCUUCAUGGGCUGGGACUGCGUGUGCGACCUGGACGCCUGCUCCAAGACGGCGCCCCUGUACAAGCGCAGCUUUCUGGCCUUCUGGGCCAUACUGAACCUCGUCAUGUUCUCCGUCAUGGUGGCCAUGUACGCGCGCAUCUUUGCCUACGUGCACCGGCGCUGCCGCAUUAACAGGCCAGCCCUGGACGUUGACCAGAUGAAUUACGAGACGGUCAUAAACCUGAUGAAGACGGUGGCCAUAGUUCUGGGUGCUUUCGUCAUCUGCUGGACCCCAGGCCUCGUGAUCCUCCUUCUGGACGGGUUGAAUUGCAACGGUUGCCAGCUUCUAAAGUAUGAGAAGUACUGUCUGGUCUUGGCUGAGUGCAACUCGCUGGUGAAUCCCAUCAUCUACUCGUACCGGGACGAGGACAUGAGAAAGACGUUCAAGCAGAUUCUGUGCUUCCUGUGCAGGACUGAGGAUGACCAGCAGGGGGAGAUAUCCACUGUUAAGUUCAAGAAGAGAGACAGUACCAAGCCUAAACGCAGCUCUUUAAGACUCCCUCUGUUCUCCUCAUCAAGCAGCGCUGGAUAAAGUUGUCCUGUGCAUAGGACACUUCUCUUUUGGAAAACAUGAUCAUGGUGCAUUUUGCAACUGAUAAGUACAUUCGUCGAGAUCCAAAUAUGUUGGUGUGAUUUUUUUUGAUAAGUGUGUGUUCCUUGUUAUGGAAGAUUAAAAAAAAAAAAAAAAAAACUUCCACAUUUCAUGAACAGAAUCAUGUGAUUACAAAUGACACGAUUCGCAGCACUCUAUGUUCAUGUUCUAGAACAUGCACAUGUAAGAAUGUAAUUCACCAAGGGAAGGUGGACAGAACAAUGCUUUCUCCAAUCUGUGCAGCCGAUGCAGUGACCUGCUUUUACGUUUAGACCAGGGAACUGCCCAGCACAAGCACCUGCCUUAGUCUACCACAGGAAACCAAGCUACGGCCCCGGGACAACAGGGAUGUAAAUGCCCUUAUUGGCGAUUCACAGGGGCAGUUGAUUAUAAAGGUGGUCAAGGCAGAGAAUGGUGCCCAUUUGUGCCAGCGGUCCAUAUAUCCCAGCAGGCCUGGGAAAGAUUUCA